AAGUUACACUAGUUGGUCAAACACAACGGUUCCCUGGCAGCCGAAGUGCUCUGUGGAUUAUGCCACAUAAUCACCACAUUUAAAUACAUUUAAGCUCUUGGGACAGGCCUUGUGGCCAUGGCGAAAGACCCGUUGGCCGAAGCUGGUCUUCAUUUUGAUGAACUCAACAAGCUGCGGGUGCUGGAACCAGAGGUGGGCCAGAAGACCACGGAGCUCAAGGAGGAGUGUAAAGACUUUGUUGACAAAAUCGGCCAGUUUCAGAAGAUAGUGGGUGGUCUCAUCGAGCUGGUGGAUGAAUUGGCAAAUGCGGCAGAGACAGAAAAGAUGAAGGCUAUUGGAGCCAGGAACCUGUUGAAGUCUGUGGCCAAGCAGAGGGAGGCCCAGCAACAGCAGCUCCAUGCCCUGAUAGCAGAGAAGAAGAUGCAGCUGGAGAGGUAUCGCAUCGAGUACGAAGCUCUCUCCAAAGUGGAGGCUGAGCAGAAUGAGUUCAUUGACCAGUUCAUUCUGCAGAAAUAAGGGGCGCGUCGAAGGCCCGAAGUGUUUCCAGGGUGCCUUGAUUGUUUUCUAUGGGUGAUAUCCACUACACUAUGGGUUAACGGGAAUCGCUGAUCUGAACACAAUAACCCCUCUGACACCCCACAAGCAAUCCAAAACUGCUCCAACUAAAACAGACACGUUUUGCUUAGACAGCAAGACACAGACUACAUGCAAAGUUAGAAGUAACUUCUCAGCCUUCUUUUACAGCGUAACAUGUUCCUCUCUAGCAGGUAUCUGAAGUGACAACCCUCCUCCUCCCCCCAGUUAUCCAUUUUUAGCAUUUAAGUGUUGAAUAUAAUUAGAAGCUGAUGCUCUAUGGGCGUCACGCCUUUCACACCACUACAGUACGUCAGACAAGCAAAUGGGGAAGAAAGCUAUUUAUAUACAAAGGAAAGUAUUUAUACUAUUUAUUCCAAAUGAAUUACUAUGUAUAGAUGGUUGUAUUACCUUUUCUACAAGUGGAAAACAAUGUACAGUAUUUGCAUGUUACUGUAAAUAAUUUCAUGAUUUUGAUGGGAACAAAACACAUUUAUUUUUGCUGUGUGUUGUCUGUAACCCCCCCAUCUUAACUCAGUCUGUUUACAUCUAAGGUACGAAUAAAGUUGUGUUCAUGUUU